AUGCCUUCCGCUUUGAACCAGUCCGGCGGCAGCCCACUGUCUCUUAUGGUCAUUGGCCACAAUGCGGGAACCUCCAUGGACGGGGUCGACCUUGUUCAUGUCCAUUUCACUCAGGAUAGCCCAACAACGCCAUUGAAGAUGCAGCUCCUGCACUAUGGAGAAUACCCGAUGCCUAAAAAUCUUAAGGCAAGAGUCAUGAGGCUCAUCAAGGAGAACACUACGACGCCCGGGGAAUUAGCCAUCGUUAACAUCCAGCUGGGUGAGGUCAUUAGCGACGCCGUUAAAUGGUUUGAGCAGAAGAACAAUCUCAAUAUGGCAACAGAUGUCGACCUGAUCGGUGGUCAGGGCCAGACUAUCUGGCACCUACCGCUGCCGGAGCUCUUCGAGGGCAACCAAAGCCGGGCACAUCUCGACAUGGCUGAGAUUGCCAUCAUAGCCGCUAGCACUGGCGUCACCUCGCUUGGCAACUUUCGGGUGUCAGACAUGGCCCUCGGCCGGCAAGGCUGCCCACUAUUCGCAGCUCUCGAUUCCCUCCUACUGAGCCACCCAACGCUUAACCGCGCUGUGCAGAACAUUGGUGGCAUCGCAAACUUUUCAAUCUUACCUCGAGGCGCUGUUGAAGAGUGUUACGACUUUGAUACGGGACCUGGGAAUGUCUUUAUCGACGCAGCCGUGCGGUACUUCACCAACGGUCAACAGGAAUAUGACAAGGAUGGUGCAAUGGGCCAGAAGGGCAAGGUUGACCAGUCUGUUGUAGAUAAAGUGCUCCAGGGGCCAUAUUUCGUGCACGAUAUACCGAAGACUACUGGCCGAGAGACAUUCGGGGAUCGGAUGGCGGAAGAUAUCUGCGACGAGAUGCUGAAACGCGGAGCUACACCAGAGGACUGUGUUGCCACCAUAACUCGCAUCACAGCCAAGUCCCUGGCAGAUGCCUACGAACGCUGGGGUCCACCUGGGGGCGUAGAUGAGAUCUACAUGGGUGGCGGCGGAUCUCUUAACCCCAACAUCAUCAACUACCUGAAGCAGCGCUUGCCCAAUACUCGCAUCGUCCCCAUCUCCGAGAUUGGAAUCCCUAUCGGCGCAAAAGAAGCUCUCGGCUUUGCACUACUGACGCUCGAGUGCUUCGUCGGACGAACCAUGAUUGUGCCCAAGAGGACCGAGUCGGACCACCCAGGGGUGGUGGGCCAGAUCCAGCCGGGCAAGAACAUGCAUCGCAUCCGACAACAUGUUGCUAAGUUCUGGGGAGACUUUCCUGAGGAGCAUGUGAAAUGCACAACAGAGAUGAUUUUUCUCCCUUCUCAAUGCAAUACGUAG